CCACCAAUGGGAAAACGCGUCAGUUCCACAUCAUGCCGGAUUGGCCGGAUUGGAUCUCUUCUUUCGCCCUCGAUCUCUCAGCGUGCUGAAUAUUGUGCGGUUCAAUAUGUUUUUCAUUUCAAUUGUAAUUUGUACAGUAUUUUCCGUUCAGGCACAAGGAGUUUACAAGCGAUUUGAAUACAAAUAUGGAUUUAAACCGCCAUAUCUUGCUCAAAAAGAUGGAACUGUUCCGUUUUGGGAACAUAAAGGAAACACCAUCGCCAGCCCGGACAAUGUGCGUGUCACCCCGUCCCUCAAGAGUCAGAAGGGUAUGAUCUGGAACAAGAACCAGGUCACCUUCAAGUGGUGGGAGGUCGAGAUGUGGUUCCGUAUCACCGGCAGGGGCCGCAUCGGCGCCGACGGACUGGCGAUGUGGUACACCACUGAACGGAUGGAGGAGGGUCCUGUGUUCGGCUCCCGGGACAAGUGGCACGGUCUGGGCGUGUUCUUCGACUCGUUCGACAACGACAACAAGCGCAACAACCCGUACGUGUCGGCUAUGGUCAACGACGGCACCAUCACCUACGACCACGAGAAGGACGGCCAGGGCCAGAUCGUGGGCGGCUGUCUGCGCGACUUCCGCAACAAGCCGCACCCGGUGCGUGUGCGCGUCACCUACCUCAACAACGUGCUGACGCUGGAGAUGCACAACGGCAUCACCAACAGCGACAAGGACUUCGAGCUCUGCUUCCGCGCCGAGAACGUCGUGCUGCCCGAGAACGGCUACUUCGGCCUGUCGGCGGCCACCGGCGGCCUGGCCGAUGACCACGACGUCAUCAAGUUCCUCACCUCGUCGCUGGCCACCAGCCCGCAGGACAUCAAGGACGAGCGGAUCAGCGAGCAGGAGCGACAGCGGCUCAAGAAGGAGUUCGAGGAGUACCAGCAGAAGACCGAACAGGCCAAGGCUGACUACCGUCGCGAGCACCCAGACGCCAAACACGACGACGAAGAUGAGGAAUACGACUCGGAGGCGACGCGCGAGCUGCGGCAGAUCUUCGACGGCCAGAGCCAGAUCUACGAGACGGUGCGCGAGCUGCACCGCAAGAUGGACGAAAUCGUGGGCCGCCAGGAGCGCACGCUGAGCCUGCUGAGCCAGCAGUCGGCCGGCGGUCAGGCGCCGCCGCCGCCCGCGCCGGGCCAGCCGCACCUGCCGGCGCCGGCCGACACCAUCCGACGACACGAGGUGGAUGCCGUGCUCAACAACCAGAGGGAGAUCGUGCAGGCCUCCAGAGAGAUAAAGUCAUUCGUCGGUGAGAUAAACCAGCGGACGCACACGAUUCUGGAGCACCAGCAGCGGCCGGUGGGCUCUGUGCAGCAGACGGGCGGCGCCGGCGGCGUGUUCGAACAGCAGAAGUUGCUGAACGAGCUGCGUGACGGUCUGAACAUGGUGAAGCGCGACAUGAGUAUCACUGCUCAGCGGCUGCAGAACGUGCCGCAGGGCGUGCCGUCGUGUCCGCAGACGGGCGGCUGUCUCACACUGGCCGUGUUCCUGGGCGUGUGCGCCCUCCAGAUGGUCAUCAUACUGGGCUUCCUCUCCUAUAGAGACAACAAGCAAGCCGCCGCAAAGAAGUUCUAUUAGAGAGCCGGCCGGUCCGUCGGCUGGCCGGGCUCGACCGACUAUUUUUGUACGAGCGCCCUUGCUGUUGUGUCCAUGCGUGGGCGAGGCCCAAUCGACUAUCAGGAGAUGCGUGUGAAUCAGUGGAGGGUCGCCUGAGGAGCGCCACCGCAGCCGGCGUCCUCUCUGAGCAAUCCGACGGGUGUGCGUCGACCGCCGACGGUCCGCGAGGGACCGCGGACCACCGACCGGACCGCGGACUGUUCGGGGAGUGUGGACCAGUCUGGACCGGACUGUCACGGGUCCGCCCAGUGAUGGAGCAGCUGCAGCCAGUCUGGGUCGCUCCCCGGUCCGGUCUGUGUCCCCGCGGCGAUGGAGGCAGUCGGCGCCGUCGGCCGGCCGUUUUACUGUGCACGCUUGGUUUGGUACUUUUUACUUGUGGGUCCGCGUGUCGCCGUGUGUUGGUCGGGGUUUGUUGUAAGCGGCCGGUGAACUGCCACGCCGCUGUCAGAGGUUUAUUUUAACGUUAUGGAGAAUGGUGACAGAGGAUGUACGAAAUCAAAUGCUUCCACUGAGCUUCAGGUUUGCUUUUUUGGAAAAUGUGUUUAUUAUCGUUAAUAAAGGUUUCCUAGAUUCCAGCAAUGAGUAAUGACUGAAUCAAGCUACUAUACUGGGAACAAGACUGUACAAUGCAUGGAAAUGAAUAUCAGACAAUAAAUGUGCUAUAUCGA